GCUGAGUUAAGAGCCAAACAAAUAACAGAUUGAGUAGAGCUAUAAAUAGUGGAAGAAUAUGUAAGAAUAUGUCUCAGUCCAGAAUUUAGACCCCAGCCAUCUGAGAGUGAUUGGUUUUCUUAUUUGGUUGGUUUAGAGAAUUAAGUCCAUUUAAAAUUCGUCUUUAAAGACUGAACCAUACUGCAUCGUCUCAACACUAUUCAUUAGAGUAACUUCUAUUUUUAAUUCAUAACCCAUUUCUCAAACUGACUUUUUGUUUGGUUAGUUUGGCCAAAGCGAUACUAUUAUGAGAUAUAUAAUUUUCCAUCGCCAGCGAGUGAACAGAUAAGUCGAUUCUGAUCCACAGUUUGUGGUUCGAUUGUGUCAAAGAAGCAGAAUGCUCUCGAAACAACUGGUUUGUUUCCUGAGUAAAGAUGGACGCUUGGAUUAGGCUGCAUGUGUCGCACAAUAUUUAAAGUACACAUGCAUGUGCUUUUGAAGGCCAAAAUGACUGAGCCAAAUAACAACCAGAACUUCCUUUGCUGGCAGCGAUAAAAAAUUGGAUGACCAGAAUCCGCCAACGUGUAUUAUUUGUACAACUGUGGCUAUCCUUCCGAGACAAUAUUUUGCUGAAGAUCUACGCUACACGUUCACUUGCAGACGAACCAUUUCCGCAACAUUCCUUUUCGUGAAGACGGUAUUCAGCUGUGCUAAUAACACACGAGCAAGAUGAUCUGAGCAUUGAGUAUUAUAUAAAAGGCGGAAGAAUAUCUCCAAAGCAUUACGUCUGAAUCCAGAAGCCAACCAAGCAGCCAACAUGAAGUUCGCAUUCGCCUUUGUCCUGAUCGCUCUGUUCGCGGUGUUCGCCGUUUCCCAGGCUAUGCCCCAGCCUGAGGAGGCCGCCGCCUCCAACAACGAUGGAGCCAGCGCCAAUACCAAGAUCGUGCUGGAGCUUACUCCGGAGGAAGCCGCCGCAGUCGAGGCAAUGGGAGGUCGUGGAUUCUGGAAAAAAUUGUGGAGUGGCGUCAAAACGGUCAUCGCCGUUGGCUGUCAGCUUACCAGCUGUACGGGAUAAAGAUAGUUAGUAUUAAUUUACUAUUUUCAAUAAAUAAAGUGCAGUACGUAGCAUA